AAAACAAUCUCGGAAUCAGAAUGAUCAGUAAAAGCAUUCCAGAGUUAUUAAUGUUUAAAGUGACAGUGGUCAGAUGUGCAAAAAACGCUCUGGUCCUUAAGGCCAAAAUGGGCUUUGUCCUGAAGGGGUUAAACUAUGGUGCCUAUGACAUAUAUUGGAAUGUGAAGGAAUACAGUAGAACAUAUAGUAUAAAACAUAUAGUAUUACACUUUGACCCCUAGAGAUGAAAGAUGUGAACAUUUAGAAAGAAAAAAACAACAAAAGAUAAAGAAGAAAUCUAACUUCAAAACAUUAGAAAUGUCUCAACUAUGAUAUAAGGAUGGGGCUGACAGUACAGGAGGUCCUGACAAGGGCUUUGAAGAAGCUGGAACAGUCAAGUUUCCAGAGAUUCAUAGAGAAACUGACGAUCUGGAAUGUCGGAGAGCAAUAUAAAAAUAUUCUGAAGGGUGAACUGACUGAAAAAGAUCCGGAACACAUCGCUGGUCUGCUCAUCAAAUACUACAAAAAUGUCUAUGGGUGUGAGGUGACCUUGAGCGUCCUAUGGGACAUAAAUGAGAAGAAAAUCUGGAAGGAACUCCAGCAUGACCUCAGAGUAGUGGAUAUUUCAGGACAUGGACUUGGAACAAAAAUGUUUACAGCUGGAGAUCACUUUCUAGACCGACACAAACAGGAUCUGAUUAAACUCAUAAAAAAUAGCAGUCUAGUUUUAGAAGAUCUGCACAAAGAAUAUCUACUGACAGCAGAAGAGCGGGAUAAUAUAAUGGAAAUACCAGAUUCUGAGGACAGGAUGAGACGUCUGUAUGAUAUUGUCAGAUAUAGAAAUGUCUAUGACAAACAGAAGGUUUACACCAUCUUCUACAAGUACAAUCCCAGGGUCAUUGAUGAUCUGAAAAUGCUAGAAGAUUCCCCAAAUUUACAGCAACACAUUGUAUUUCUAGAGACGCACCGCUUGGAUAUGAUCAGUAGGGUGAUCAUGGUGGAUCCGGUUCUAGAUGAUCUCCGGGAUCAAACAUUACUAAAACAGAAGCAGUACGAUCUCUUGUAUCAUCAGCCGUCCAUCAGGAAGAAGAUAACCGAGCUCCUCGACAUUGUCAACAACUGGGGGGAUUAUUGCAAGAAUACAUUCUUUAACUCUCUGUGUGCACACAACCCCUCUAUAGCUAAGGCUUUCCAGAGAGCUGACAAGAAUAUCACAGAUCCAGAUUCAUACUCUUGGGAUCCUCACUUUGCAAGUCAUCAACCAGCAUCAGAAAGAGAUGUUCGGUUCGCUACUCAGAUCCCCGCACCAGUAAGAGGCAGGAAGCACUUUGUGGAUGAGCACUGCUGGGAUCUGAUUAGAAGGAUAAUUAUGGUGGAUCCAGUAUUAGAAGAUCUCCUGGAACAAAAACUUUUACCCCAGAAACAGUACACUGCCUUGGUCGAUUUAAAAACUCCCCAGAAGAAAAUGGUAGAACUGUACAGCAUUGUCCGGCCCUGGACUUAUCCCAGUAAGGACCAGCUGUACUUGUCUUUGAGACAACACAAUCCCCCAUUUAUCCGAGUCCUAGAGAAACAGAACCAAAUGUUAAAAUGGAACAGCUCCAAUAAGGGGACACAAUUUCAGAAAUUUACCUUGGACUUGGAGACAGGUUUUUCUGCUGGAAAACAUUUUUUGGACAAGAAUAAAUCAGGACUAAUAAAUGUAAUAGGUGCAGUGGAUCCAGUUGUGAAGGACCUCAGAAAAGAAGGCCUGCUGACAGAAGAGCAAUAUCACAAUAUUCUACUGAAAGAAACACCCAGAGAGAAGAUGGCAGAGAUUUAUGAGAUCAGCGAUAGCUUUGAUAAUAAAAACAAGGACAAAGUUUAUUUAUCUGUCAGAACUCACAACCACGAACACAUUCGGAUAUUGGAGAGAAUUAGCAAGCCCUCACUUUCUGUUCCUGAGCACUCGGGUGAUGUAACAGAAUGCAGAGAGCCAAUGUAUGAUCAGGAAGACGAUCAGAUUGCAUGGGUGGCUCCUGGAUCUAUACAAUUUACCAUAACCUGUUCUAUUUGCAUGGACAUAUAUAAAGAUCCUGUGACCUUGAUCUGUGGCCAUAACUACUGCCUGGAUUGUAUUGAGGGAACAUGGGACAAGCAGGAUGAAAAUGAUACAUCUUGUCCCAUCUGCCGGAGGAGGUUUAAGACUCGGCCUGAACUGAACAAGAACCUGGUUCUCUGUCAAAUAGCAGAAUUUUGUCAACCAACCAAGUCAGAGAAGAAGACACAUGAGCUCUGUACAUAUUGUACCAUAACUCCUAAGCCUGCAUAUAAACAAUGCCUGCUAUGUGAAGCUCUUCUCUGUGAAGAUCAUCUAAAAGUCCACAGCAAACAAGCAGAACACGUGGUAUUAGAGCCCAGUGAAUCUACAAAGACCAGACAGUGCUCCAUCCAUGGGAGGAUCCUGGAGUAUUAUUGUAGUCAGGACUCGACCUGUGUCUGUGCCCACUGCUGUAUAAUUGGAGACCAUAAAGGACACCCGGUGAGACCCUUCAGAGAAGCAAUGGAAAUAAAGAAAGAUAAACUAAGGGAUACCAUAGAAAAACUUCAACUCAAGAAAUCAGAGAUAGAAAAAUGCAUAAAGCUUUGUAAGCGAAAGUUCAUAGAGAAAGAGCAGAAUAUAUCAGAACCAGGAACUGAUGGGGUUGGGAAUGAAGAGAUGAGGGAAAUUCUAAGAUCCGUCCAGGGAGGUCUAUCGAUAGAAGAAGAAGGAGUCCAGGAUCUCAUUCAGCAGCUGGAAGCUAAAAGAUCUCGUGUGGCCCUGUCUAUUGCCCACAUUAAAGAACUGUGCUACCAGACCGAUCCAUUCCUUGUCUUACAAGAUCAGGAAGGCUAUAAACUGUAGGGGUUGUUGAGAUGUAAAAGGCUAUGGACACCUUUAAAGGGGUUCUCCACCCCUAGACAUCUUAUCCCUUAUUAAAAGGAUAGGGGAUAAGAUGUCUGAUCGUGAAGGUCCUG